AUGGAAUCAAAAAUCAUCAAGACCUCAACCACCUCUGUCCCCCGCAACCACAAGCACACCCAGACUCGAUCAGAAUACCUGCUCACUAUUCCUUCUACCUUUUGCCAAUGUUGUGGCGUUGAUGUCACCCGAUUUUUCAUAUCCGGCUAA